GAGAGUGAAGCAGCGGUCGGGAAAACAAGACCGAAUAGAGGAUUAGAAGGGCGGGGAAGGGCAGUGCAGAGAAGAGGCGCGUCCGCUAAACCUGAGCAGUCCGUGUGACCCAAAGGCGACAGCGAAGUACCGCACUGGCCGCGCCCGAUGCUGGGAUCGGAUACCCACGGGCUUCCCGCCGCGCAUGCGCGCCGACGAGACACCACUUCCGGGCGGCUCUGCGUCUCAAUCCCAGCGGCGAAAAGUGGCGCGCAAGCUUGGGCCCCGCUGGCUGGGAGAGGGUUCUGUGUUGGAGCGUACCAAGUCCCGACGGUCGGGGAACAGCGUGCGACCUGGGGCACGCACGGCUCAAAUCUUCUGAGGGGUAAACACCACCAACUGCGCUCCUCUCAUCACUGACGUCUCGGGAGCGGAAAAUAACGGAGAUUUCCACGUGUGGAAACAGUAGCCUCCCUUACCUCACCCGCGGAGAACUGGCCACACCCCUUUGACUCCAUGGCCCCGCCCCCGUGCAGCGCCGUAGCUGAUUGGCCAGGCGCUGGAGGCCCAGCUGGCAACAGCCCCUGGAAAGCGCGCGCCGCCGCAGUAGCGAGAACCUAGCCCGCGGGGAAGGAGGAGGCAGUCGGCGGCGUGAGCUUCUGCGGCUUACUAGAGCAGAGCGGACAGCUGGUUGGUGCUCGGACCGCGCCGCGGCCGCAGGUCCGUCCACGUGCUUUCGGCGGCGCCAUGGACAUGGAGGAGUCGGGGAUGCGUGAGGAAUGUGGCGUGUUUGGGUGCAUCGCUUCUGGAGAGUGGCCCACGCAGCUAGAUGUGCCGCAUGUGAUCACUGUGGGACUCCAAGGGCUGCAGCACCGGGGUCAAGAGAGCGCUGGCAUUGUGACCAGUGAUGGGAGUUCAGUGCCUACAUUCAAGGUGCAUAAGGGAAUGGGUCUUGUAAAUGACGUUUUUACUGAAGAUAAUUUGAAGAAAUUGUAUGUCUCAAAUCUUGGAAUUGGUCAUACGAGAUAUGCCACGACGGGAAAGUGUGAGCUGGAGAGUUGCCAGCCAUUUGUUGUUGAAACUCUGCAUGGGAAAAUAGCUGUGGCCCAUAACGGUGAACUGGUAAAUGCAGCUCGGUUAAGGAAAAAGCUUCUGCGUCAUGGCAUUGGGCUUUCCACGUCCUCUGAUAGUGAAAUGAUUACCCAGUUACUUGCUUACACUCCUCCCCAGGAACGAGACGAUACCCCAGACUGGGUCGCAAGGAUUAAGAACUUAAUGAAGGAAGCGCCCACUGCAUACUCUCUGCUCAUAAUGCACAGGGAUGUCAUUUAUGCAGUGCGUGAUCCAUACGGAAAUCGUCCUCUCUGCAUUGGUCGUCUUAUUCCAGCUUCUGAUUUGAAUGGCAAAGAGAAGAAAUCUUCAGAGAGUGCAGGAUGGGUGGUGUCUUCCGAGUCGGGCAACUUUCUCUCUAUUGGCGCAAGAUAUUCUCAUGAAGUCAAGCCUGGAGAAAUUGUAGAAAUAUCCAGGCACGGUGUCAGAACUCUUGAUACGAUUCCAAGGUCUGAAGGAGACCCAGUGGCUUUUUGUAUCUUUGAAUAUGUUUAUUUUGCAAGACCAGACAGUAUAUUUGAAGGCCAGAUGGUUUAUACAGUAAGGUACCGCUGUGGCCAGCAGCUGGCGAUUGAAGCGCCUGUGGAGGCAGACUUGGUUAGCACGGUUCCAGAGUCGGCUACACCUGCAGCUCUUGGGUAUGCGGCAAAGAGUGGACUGCCAUACGUGGAGGUGCUGUGUAAAAACCGAUAUGUAGGAAGAACCUUCAUCCAGCCAAACAUGAGGUUAAGACAACUUGGUGUUGCAAAAAAGUUUGGCGUGUUGACUGACAACUUUAAAGGCAAGAGAGUUGUCCUUGUAGAUGAUUCGAUUGUGAGAGGCAAUACCAUCUCACCCAUUAUAAGACUGCUCAAAGAAUCCGGGGCAAAGGAGGUGCACAUUCGAGUCGCUUCCCCACCAAUAAAAUAUCCUUGCUUCAUGGGAAUAAAUAUACCCACCAAAGAAGAGCUGAUAGCCAACAAACCAGAAUUUGAUCAUCUUGCAGAAUACCUCGGAGCAAACAGUGUUAAGUAUCUGUCGGUGGAAGGACUGGUUUCAUCUGUGCAACAAGACAUCAAAUUCGAGAAGCAGAAAGUGAAAAGACAUGAUACUACAAUUCAAGAAAAUGGCAAUGGUCUGGAAUGUUUUGAGAAGACGGGACACUGUACAGCCUGCCUCACCGGGCAGUACCCUGUGGAACUGGAAUGGUAGCUGCCUGGAUGGAGUGUCUUGAGACUGAACUUGAUCGGGAAGUGGUUUAUAUACUAUCUGUUACUCAGUUGGUACAAAAGAGAUACCACCUGCUUGUGUGUGUAUACCUUUAUAAGCUCUGAGAAUUCCUGAGGUUACUAAAUUGCUAUAAUUGAAUCAUGAUGGUUACAUGUAAUACAACAUGUAAGGAAUUUUUUUUUAUACAAGGAUUGACUUCUCACCUAGGAGAAGGCAGGAGGUGAAUGGUAUUUCCCAGGCCCAUGCUUGAAGGGUUUGCAAGAGGUUAGAUUAGGGAUGUGUAAUAUACACAGGACAAGGGGCUUUAUAAUGUUCAGGAAAAAUUGGAAUUCCUCGUGUCCCAUAGAGAUCUAAUCUGUAGUCUAGUCUGAAGGAGGGGCCGCCCCCUCCUCAGCACACACAUCUGUGGUUCUGGGGAUCAAUGGACAACUCAAAACAAAAACAAAAAGGAAAGAAAUAAAAACUACUUGAGAAGCUGAGGCAGGGGAUUCUUGGGUUCAAGGACAAUCUGGGUUUUCUGCCUGAGGAUUAAGUGUCUUUCUGUGCCUCGGAGCCCCCGUUUAUUUAAAGCAUCUAAUACACAGUAGGAACGUGAAUACACGCCAUACAUAGGUGUUUAGAGGUAUCAUUUUACCCUUAUGUUUUAAUAGCGCAUGGUCGUUAGCUUUUGCUAAGUAAGUUUUCACUUACAUUAGGAUGGAGGGAAAUGUUCAGAUUUGCAGACCUCUGCCGUCUCUUUGGGAUGCACCAGAAUGAUGGAAAAAUGUAUCUGAGGCCUUCUUUUUGCUUGGACUCAAAGAUGUGAUCGAUGACAUCUAGUACCUUAGGAUACAAGCCUAGCAAAUAACUUAGUACAUUGGAAGUAGAAAACAAAAAUUUGAAUUCCAAGUAAGCCUUUGUCCUUAAUUUGAUUAGAUUUGGCUGUCUGGAUUGAGUGCUUGAUAGUUAUGCAUUCUUUUAUACAUACAGACAUUGGAUUGAAAUUGAACAAAUAGAAACAUACUAGGGGCCGAUUUUGUUUAAUGGCUCAGACAGCUACUGUUGGGGAAUAUUUGCCUGUACCCAAGUGUCAGUUAGCUCAUAAUCAGGUCUUUUCUGCUUUGUUUUGUUAGGUCUAGUGAGAUUUUAGUUUCAAUUUUUUUAUGAUGCAGAUUUAGAGGAUUGUGGUGAUUUCCUUACUAACUCAUGUUUGUGUAAGUUUUCACGUGCAAAAACAUUUAUUUCUAUAUUGUUGCCAAAAUUGCUGUAGCUUCCCAACCCAUUUAGAAACAUAGUAUUUAGGGGCUGGAGAGAUGGCUCAGAGGUUAAGAGCAUUGCCUGCUCUACCAGAGGUCCUGAGUUCAAUUCUCAGCAACCACAUGGUGGCUCACAACCAUCUGUAAUGGGGUCUGGUGCCCUCUUCUGGCCUGCAGGCAUACACACAAACAGAAUAUUGCAUACAUAAUAAAUAAAUAUUAAAAAAAAGAAACAUAGUAUUUAUUAAUAACUGAAAUUAUUAGUCUGCCUCUGGUAUAUAGUCUCACGUGUUACAGAAUAGCAGUCAAGAUAAACUGUUAGUACUUUUAGGUCAUGUGCUUUGGUGUCUGGAAUGCUCCUGUGACAGCUGCAGGCAGGUUGACAUUGUAUAGCCCUAGGGCCGUUUCAGUGGGCGGAGCCUUGUAUAUUAAAUGCAUUACUUAUGGUGGGCUGGAGGGUAAGCCUUUAGGUCAGUUUUUAAAUGGCCUUAUUUAAAUUUGAUGUUUUAAAAAGAAACUCAGGGAAAGUAUUAAAACCAAAAUCUCUAAUUUGACUUUGUGUUUUCCAUAGUUUUUAUUUUGUUUUAUUGGGAUACUUUUAUAAAGGGAAAUGAUGUUGUGGUCGUUUGAUAAUUGUACAACUUUCUUAAUUAUUUCUUCAUUGUAACCUUUUAUUUCACAAGUUUCUGAAUAUGAAUUAAAUUAACAUUUUUUCUACCCGU